GCGCUCGCCUCGGACGGGCACGGCGCCGCGCUGGACGCGGCCGUGCGCGAUGUCGGCUUCGCUGGCGACGCGCUGUGCCACAUCGGCCGCCUGGCCGGCCGCCGGGGCGGCAACCUGUCCGCGGCACGGCGCGGGCAGCGCCUGCGGGCCCAGGUGCGCGGCCUCGAGGCGGAGGUUGCUUGGCCCACUCGUUGCAUCGUGUCAUGACCACGUCGAUCCCCGAGAGCGACGUGGUGGGCGACCUCCACGCGCUGGUGGUGACCUGCGCACGCGCCCACCGUCAGGCGAGCUUGCAGGCGGCCCUCCAGCUGCUGUGCUCGAAGGCGGUCGUCUCGCCACUGCCGCCGCCCAGGGGCGCCGCGGCGCGCAACCGCGCCUUGGCGGAGCGCUUCAGGCUCGUUGCCUCGAAGCCUUCGGACAUCGGGGAUGAGGUCUCCCCAGACAGACGUGCUGCACUUGACCGAUUACUGUUUUUCCUCAAUGGCAAUUGGUCUGCAGAGACUCUGACGCACCACUGCGUCCCCGGGGAGUGUUCGUGUACGGGGCCACCAGAUGCCAGAGCCAAGCUAUUCGCAGUACUGUUGGAGGCCGGCGCCGUCCUUGGUAGUGAUGUCAAUCCACCGUCGACCAACCGAUGGGGUUCGGCGACUCUGGCAGCCGGGCGCAUCGCCCUUUUUUGUCUCUGCCACAACGUCCUUCCGCAAUGCAUGCUGCUCGCCUCGAAGGAUUUGCGCAAAGAAUAUGCCCCAUCGAACGACGACAACAUAGCGCGUGCAGUUGCUAGGUCGAAGGCCUGGCGGUCGAAGAAAGUUUGCGACACUCCAGACCGACUGCGGUACUUGAUAGUCGCCGCCUUUGUUUCGAUCCCAGUCGAUUCGCUGAUGUCAUCCUUGCAAUAUCUUGAUUUUGCUGGCAAUUCCUUGAUGGAUUGCGUCGCCACCGUCGACAGCCCGGUGCAGGUUUGCCAGCAGCGAUUGAGUUGCAUGGCGUCCGACCCCCUCUGUGAGGCAUCGGACAUUGCGCCUUUAGCAUCACGGUUCCUCGACGAUGCUUUGCUGCAGCGCCGAUUGUUCAGCAUGUCGUUGGGUGCAGCUGCCCAGACCUGGUGGCGGUUUCAUUGCAUCGAGCAGUUCCCGCUGGCGCUUGCAGCGGUGGGGCACCCUGCUGCGUCGGCUUCUGAUCGUCUCAACGCCUGCAGCAGGCUCUACUCGGAGUCGGUCUGCUGCCUGGAUGCGGACUUCUCUGCCAAGGUGCGCAACCUCUUUACCGACGCGUCCGAGAUGGCAGCCGACGACGAGUUUCGACGGGCUGUUCGACUCUGGGCAUCCAAAACCAAGCUCACUAAUAUGCACAUGGAACGCGCCCUUGCCGCCGUGAAGGUCAGGCUCGGCAUGCGUGGCCGCGGGGCCGCUGCUACCCCCAGCGUCGAGCGGUUCGUCGGCGUCGGCUUCUUGGGGGAGUUGCUGGACUGCCAUCUCCGCGCUGGCGGGGAGGACCCGCGCUUCACGACGCGGGCCCAGUUGAUCAAGGAUGGGCUUCAGGUGGACGCCGCCCAGCCCAAAGCCGCAUCUAAACCCCCUGGCGGUUUUCUUCGUCAUUUCAGCUUGUGCCGCGCAGCCGCCAAGCGCCGCCUCGGCGUGACGCGCCUGACGAAAGCCCAGACGGACCAGUGCAAGGUCCAUGCCAACGAUGACCGCGAGUUGCAGAGGGUUGAGGUCCUUCGCAGAGAAGACGGCAGGCUGUGGUGCGUAUCGGCGGGGAUGGUCGUGCGUGGAUUCUUGGUUGGUGGAGAUCUGAUCGACGUAUUGCCUCGGGUUACCGACCUUCACGUACGGUCCCUUGACAUCACGUUCGCAGCAGGCAUGCCCGUCGUUGGCGUGGAGGGGCCGUGGCGCGACGUCCUCGCAGCGUCAGCCCGCGAUGAUGAUAGCCACUUGUCCGAGCAGAUGCGCGCCUGGAAGAAGGUCAUGGAGUCUGGCCUGUCAGCUCUGGGACCUUCUAAGGCAAAGAAGCCGCGUCCCAGUGGUUUCGUUGAUGGAGAUGGUUACGGCGACGGCGACUCGAUGGGCGACGACUCCGACGACUCGAACGUCGACAGGCUGCUCGUUGGUCCUGGGAGAGCGGACGCGUCUUGUGGUCUGGCCGACGCUACUCGAAUAGGUUACUCUGUUGCACCCCGUGCGUUGUGUUCUUAUGCCGUAGCCACUGUCAUUGCUCGACCGCCCUACAGCUCUUACUUUCCCAUCGUCGACCAGACGCGGCGCCUGCCGAUGGGGAAGCGCGGCGCCAAGACAGAACCCUUGGGCGCCGCGUCUGCCCCCGCGAAGCGCGGGAGGAAGGCAUCUUCCCCCGAUGCGGCCGCGGCCAAGGCGAAGGCGCCCCGCUCUCGCAGACCGCCGGCACUCCAUAUGGCCGACCUCGCGGCCACCCCUGCAGCAGCGCUGCCGGCCGCAGCUGACGCCCCAACCGACGCAGCACCAGCCGAGGGGCCCGUUGCCGCCAGCACCGCAGCGCCCGCACCAGCAGUGGCGCGCAAGGUCACUGGACAGAGCAAGCGUGCGCCUCUGCCACCCAUGAGGCAAGUGACGCUGCGAGAUCUGCCAGCAGCUCGAUUCACCCCCUUCACGACCGUGGCGACGCAGCCUGCAGUUCGGUCGGCCGAUCUGUCUGUCGGCAUUUCGGAUGACGAUUCUGAGAUGCCCGGCGCGCCGCAGGGCGCUGCUCCAGCCACGCCGAAGCCGCCCGCCGCUGGAGUCGACGACGACGCAGCCACUGUCCCAGGCUCGCCACGAGCCGUGGCCGCAUCCCCGCGCGCGCCCGCAGAUCCGUCCAAUGUGGAUCUUGAUCUGCCGCGCGCGCCCACAGACCCGUCCAAGGUGGAUCUCGAAGGCGACCUCGCCCGCAUCCUAGAUGCAGCACAGGUGCGCGGAGAGGUGCCUCCAGGCGAUGCUGAUGAUCUUGGCGCAGCUGCUGACACUGGCGCGCCCGCGCCACCUGUUGUGGCAUCGGGCGUCGAGCCGCCUGUCACUGGCAGCCGCGCAUCAGCCGCAGGCUUUGUCGCGGCCGCCGCAUCAGCCAUCGAUGCCGAGUCCGAGUUCGGUGCCGGGGCCAGCGUGCCGGCCGACGUUCGCGCGGCCCUCGCGUCACAGGGCCGCACAGACCCCAUGAUCGCAGAGCAGUGGCAGUUCGACUCGCGCGUGUUCGGUGUUGCGACUGCCCGUGAGCUCGCUGGCGUCGGAGCGGCGCACCGUUCGCCGAGCGCCCCUGCAGUUCGCCCGCGGCCUGAGCGCCCUGCCGUUGCGCUGCCUGACGCGGCAUCCGUCCAGCCGAUGGCCGCGGCCCUUGGCGCGUGGCCAGUCGCGGCGGCCGACCCGCCACAUGCCUCCGUCAGCGCUAGCGCCUCCGAGCAGCAUGCUGAACCGCCGGGUGCCCAGCCUGCCCGCGAUGCCCAUGGGUGCGCUGACGGCGACGCGACGCCGAUCGAGCCACAGGCCGCAGCAGCUGACCUGGAGCCUGCGUCGGCCGUCAGCCCGUCGACCGCCGCGUCAGCAGACUUGCAAUUUGCAGCUGCAGACGUUGGCGCCUCCGACCGGCCCGCGGCGACGCUCGGGGCGCAGUCCGCCCAUGCCGACGCAUCGCUGCCAGUCGCCUCGGACCCCGUGAGUUCGCCACCUGCGCCGCCAGCGGUCGCUUCGGAGCCCGUCAGCUCACCGCCAGCCACGGCCGCUGAUGCGCGGCCUGCGCCGGGCGUCGGCGAGCCGUCUCCCGCCGCAGCGGCCCCUCCGCCCGCGGCGCCGCCGGCGGCAGAUGUCGCGGCGGUGGCGACGCCCCUGCGCCCUCGCCGCACUGAUUCAGCUGAGUGCGAGUUCCUCGGCGAUGCCCUUGGGUGCGUGCCCGCCGAUGUCCGCGACGCCCUUGCGGCGCAGGGUCGGUCAGACGCGGCCAUCGUGGAGGAGUGGCCAUUCGACCAGGCCGCGUUCGGCACGGAGGCCGCACGUGAGCUCUCGGGCGCCCCCGUGGCGGCCUCCGUCGACGUGGAGCUCAGCCGCGCGACCCUCCCGGCGCUGGACUUGGACCUCCCAGACCUGGGCCACGAGGACGACGACGACCUCCAGCAGCUCGAGAGCGCAGGCGCGCUCCACAUGCACGGCGCAGACGCCAGCUCUAUGAUGAUCCAGGCCCCGGACGACGAGGACCUCGGGCCGACGGAUUCCUCGGCCGUGCUCAGCGAGGCGCGCCUCGGUGCUAUUCGCGCCGCGGCCGUCGAGCCCAUCGACGCGAUGCUGCAGCAGUGCGUCGCGAACUUGGGGGGGGAGAUGUCGCUCGCCUUUCCGAAGGCCAUCCGCAGCGUGGCGAAUGUCCUGCCAGAGCUGACCAUCGGCUCCAUGUUCUCGGGCAGCGACGCCAUGACCAUCGUCACCGCCAAACUAUUGUCGGCCUUCAAACAGUUCUAUGACAUCGAUGUGGGCCUCAAGCAUUGCUUCUCGGUCGAGAGCAAGUCUGACAAACGGACUUGGAUCAUGAACGCGAUCCGCCCAGAUCAUUUGUUCGCAGAUGCAAACCAGCUGUAUCCAGAUAAGCAUCGGGCGGUUGACAUCGCGACUGGCAAAAAGAUGAGAUUGCCAUAUUGUGACAUCUUCUCGGCGGGGUUCCCGUGCAAAAAGAAAUCCCGCAACAACAACUCACGCUCCUUGUGGCGCAAUUGCAUCCGCGACGGCACGGGCGACACUGGCAAAGGCUACCAGGGAGAGGACGGCCGCCGGGACGUCGACUACAUCGCGCAGACCCUGGAGGAGCAGCAGUACUCCAUCUUCUGGGACAUCGUGGAGGCGGCGGAGUUCGGCUCGCCGGCGGUUCGAGAGCGCUUGUACGUGAUUGGGGUGCACCGCUCCGAGUUUCACGUCAUGCACCCUCGUGAUGCCGCUGCCCUUGGUUUCGAGACUCGGCGCGUGACAGUUGUACCUUCUCUCGCUGCCACUGGUUUCGCCUCCCGCGUGUUGACCUCGUUCAAGUGUGACUCGUUGUCCGUUCACGAUGGCUUUGUGAUGAUGGACACUGGCGUCCGCAAGCUGUUCAUGCACGAGGCUGGUCUUACUGGCUCAGGGAGCGGGAGCGGGCGCGACUUAGAUCCAGAUGCGGAUCCCGAGAAGGUUUGGCAAGACGAGCACUACACGCUCUUUCGUGAGUUCAACCUCGUAUACCCCCUCCCGACAUCGGAGCUUUCGGACAUUGACGAAUCGGGGCUUAGCCGUCGGCAGGUGGAGGCGGCGUAUUUCUUCGACAAGGUAUAUCCCUCGGAUGCCCCCGUGAUAGCUGGGCGCCAGACCGAUUUUUACGAUUCGGCGCACUCCAUGGGGCGACUUCUGGGACAGAAGGUUACGCGCCGCGAUACGGACCGGCGCUUCAAAAACCCGUGGCAUUUCAGAGUGCCCACCCUCAUCGAACACUCGCGAAUCAUUAUGCGGGUGGUCUUCCAUGAACCCAGCGGGCCCGUUCGGCGCUCGCUCCGGGCGCUCGACGGCUUCGAGCUCAUGCAGGUCGCUGGUUGGGACUUGCGGCGCAGGGGCAUGUCCGACCCUGCCCCCUACAGCGACGCCUUGCUGACUUCGUUGGCGGGCAACGUGUUCAGCCCGUUCGCCGCCGCGCCGGUCCUGUUGGCAGCGUUCGCGUUCAUGGGCCACCAGCUGGUCGACUCGAAGUGGAUGGACAGCGAUUUAGAGAGCGACGAGCCGCCUUCCAUUGGUCAUCCGAGGGCCCCCGCGCCACGGCGCCAGUAUGCGACCAAUCUUAAGAAGGGCGCGCACGAGCGCCUGGGCGGCGUUCCUGACGGGCGCACCUGCGCUUGCUGCGGCUGUCUCGACACCCAGCAGGACCCAGUCGAUGAGUUUUUCGAGAUUGCGCAAGAGAUGUCGUGGGGGAGACCGGCCAGGGCCGACGGCAAACAGGAAGGGUCUGGAUGUUUCUAUUGCUUCUCGAUCUUCAGGGCGAGAUAUAAAGUGAAAGGCUUGAGUUUUGGGGACAUGCCAGAGUUCCUCGGCAGGGGCGCGUCCAACUUUACCAAGUUCUUGGACAUGCGCAAGGCCUUGAUCGCCUUCCUGAAAGAGAAGGGGGGUCGAGUCAACCGCGUUGCCUGGCACGACAUCGAUCGGAGGUCGAUUUCCGUCGUGUCUACCUCGGAGACUGCCAUCCAUGAAGCAGACGAUUUGCUGUACGACUACGAUUGGUAUGUUGCCGAGAAAGGCGACCCAGAGACGAAUGGAUUGGGCCACAGCAUCACCUACGAAUUCGGCAAGAAGGAAGUCCGCGUCCCCAGUGCGCCGAUCAGACGGGUGACCCGGCAGCAGAAGAAGAGCGUUGAGCACAGUCCGAGGCGUCGGGAUAUAUGUGCCACGGCUAGGGCCAUCGUCACCGAGUUCAGUCAGGCGCCACUCGAAGACGAGCAGUAUUUUGGGAAGAUGUGGAAGAACCACACUCGCUAUUGCAAACGGGUUGAAGACGAUCUUGAUCGCAGGCUCGCUGCUUUGGACGCUGAUGGGGAGAUGGAUGAUGCGCUGCGCGAUGAGCUCGCCGCCGCACAGGCAUGCAAGAAGCAGAUAGCCGUCGUGCGCGCCAUAUGCUCGCAGAUCGCAAGUGGUGGGCUCGACAGCGCCAAGUUCGCCGAGGUGUUCGAUGCGCAGGUUGCUUUCCUCCGCCUCCGGCCCGAGGUCGACGACAUCAUUCCGCGUCACUUGAAGCGGGCGCGUUUCUGCAUCCGAGUAGCUGCCGCCGCGGACCCGGACACGUUCUGGUCCCUCGUGGCGCCUGACACCCUUGUCCAGAAGGGGCACUACCUUGAGGAUUCAGCGCAGACAAAGGCAGGCGAGCUCAUCUCCGAGCGCAUCAUGAAGAUCUGCAUGGCGACGAACGCAGAGGCAACGUUGCAGACCUAUUUCCCAACAGAUUUCGAGAAGUUCAAGUUCACCGAGCGAUUCGCAGCCUUCACUGAUGACUUGGCAGCUCUGUGCACAGUGGUCAACUUCGCCGACGCGGAGUGCUGCGACGCCCCAGAGAGAUUCACCUUGCAGUUGUUGAAGCACGGUGAGCCCCCUGUCGACCGCACCGUCAUCAUUGCACCCGUGAUUUCGACUGUCAACAUCACUCGCUUGACCGAGGCCCGUGACCUGAUCGCGUCGCAGAAGACCAUAUCUUCUACUCUUGGCGAUUCGUCUGCUGGAAAACGGGUCCUCAAGGAAGCUGCACAUGCAGUUCGGAAGCUCACCAAGUGCGCGGCGCACGCCGAGCAGCUGUCCGUAGUCUUCGAGCGCAUCGCUUUCUGCCUGGAGUCGGCGCAUGGCCUCCUCGCCAUGCCUCGACUUACACCGAUCACGGACGUCGGCUUGGGCGAUCUGCAGGGUCUGGCCUUGGAGCUCGACAUCAUCUUCACAGAGGUGGGGGACUGCGUCGGGGCCAAGAAGGUGUUCGAGAUGACGGUCCGUUCGAAGUCCACCGCUUGUUUCGCCAUGCUCGACCAGCUCGCGCGCGUGGCGUUCGAGCCCAUCUGUCGUCGGGUUCUGGUCAACGACUCCUCUGAUUUUACCUCGGUGAUUGACCAGUGGGCUUCUAAGGCCUGGCCCGCGCUGAGCGACAUGUGGUAUCGCAUCGGGCAGAGUGAUGCGACGCGUCGGUGGUUCAUGGAGUUUGCAGGUGAUGCCACCAUGCUCGACCUUGUGGACACCGCUGCCUCGUUUUGCACUGAUGUGCUGGCUGCGUUCGAUACCAUGAUGAGUGACAGUAUCUCAGAGGACGUGGCCGUUACCUUGCGCGGUUCGAUCACUUUGAUUCGCAAACGUGCCGUUUCCAUCAAGGAGGGCAUGCCGUCCCUCGCAUCUGACAUCGACACCUUCCUUGCCUCGUCCAAGUUGUUUGAUGACGCCGCGGUGGGCGGCAUGGUGUCCGCCGCGAUCGCUUCCAAGGCGGGCGGCGGGAGGGCGUCCGCGCGGGGGGGGGCGCAUCGAUGCGACCGCCGCCCCAAGAUGACGCAGAAGUUCAGAUCUGCGAACGCGGCCAUCGACUCUGGCAUCAUCGACGUGGUCGUGAGCGCUGAUAUGGGCCAGGCCGCCAUGGAUCAGGUCCUGAACUUCCGCCUCGCCACUGACGAGGAGGUAGUUGCAAUGCUUGACUUUGCGGAUCUUGCACAGGACCCUGUUCUCAAGUUGGAAAUCUCGUACAUCCAGGCGUGGGCCUCCUUCCGCGCGGCAGCGGCGCGGGUCCUCUCCCACUUGGCGCAGGACGAACUCGUGGACAAGGAUUGCUUCACUGCCCUGUCCAGCCUGCACGCGGAGCAGUCCGCGUUCCAGACGUUCAUCGAGGACGGGCACGCGGACAAGCUGUUCGUCUACGAUGCGAGCAGGAGCGCUUUCGCCUUCGCGUCUGCGAAGUUCGGCGAGAUGCCCGCCGCAGCUUCGACUGAACUACAGAGGUGCGGCGCCGACGUCGUCUCUCGUGCAGCUGCGGUGUACACGAACAUCGUGACGUCAGAGGUCGAGGGCCUGAUCCAGUGGUGCGGUGACGACUGGCGACCGCAUCGCGGGGCCCUUCUCAACGACACCAAACGCAUCCUCGGCAUGGUGAACAACCCUCACUACAAGAAUCUCGGCGCCCGGGCAAGCACGCUCACCGAGACAGUGAAGGGCAUCCGGUCGGUGAACGCCACGCUCGGCAAGUUCGGGCCCAUUGUCGAGGAGUCGACCUUGGUCGAGGCGGGCCGAACCACCACGUACGCCGUCCACACCGUGGUCAUGACUCGCGCGUUGUUCGGGAUGCGGGUAGAACUCAGACGCCUCCCCGCGCCCAAGCAGAGGGACAUGGCCGACAACCUUCUGUCGCUUGUCCGGGAGAAGAAGGUUGAUCCUGGCUCGGACGUGCGCGAGGCCUUCGUCAAGCACCUCGGCGGCGACGCCGCGCCUGCGCAGGAGGCCGCUGGCGCCGAGCGAGCUGCUGCGGAGCCGACGGGGGCGGCGGCCGCCGCGGAGGGCGCUGCUGCGGGCGAGGAGGGCCAGCCCGCCGCCGCAGCCCCCGCGACGCCCGCUGCCCCUGGCCGCGCCGCUGGCGGGCCCCGCAAGCGGCGCAAGGCCCGAGGGGCGUUCGCGGUUGACCGCCGUUGA